AUGGAAUGCUCAAUUACCGCGGAUCAGCUAAAGAUCCUUUUCGUCGACGUGUUCAUUUCCGUAAUCGUCUUCAGUGGCUUCUCUUUUGUCUUGGGAAUCAUUGUCUUCGAUACGAUUCAUCCGAAUCCCACAAUGAGUAAACGAACAAGAGAAAUUCAACGUUAUUUCACGAUAAUUCUCUUUUUACAGCUUUUGGUAUCUUCGUCGCUUUGGGUCACC